CCGACAUCCGACAACCGAAAAACCAGUCAAAAAACAGAGCCUGUUCAGAACCAACGGUAAAGUUAACGUAUUUGCAUCUUUCCCCAUUUCCGGCUGCAACAGUGGAGAGCCAAUAAGAGCGCAAUAAAGAAUAAAGAAAACAACUAGCGGCAAGGAAAACAAACAUAAAACAACACAAUAAUGUCGAUCUCCGAUUUCCGCAAAAAGAAGCUGCUUUUCCUGUUCAAUGUGUUCUUCGAUGUGAACCAAAGCGGCGAAAUCGACGUUAAGGACUUCGAGCUGGCCAUCGAGCGCGUCUGCCAACUGCGCGGCUGGCAGAAGGACACGCCGAAGAACAAGGAGACUUACGACCUGAUGAUGGAAAUCUGGACUGGCCUGCGCUCCAAGGCCGACAAGGACAACGAUGGACAGGUCAGCGUCGACGAGUGGUGCAACAUGUGGGACGCCUACGCCAAGGAUCCCAGCAGCGUGAUGGACUGGCAGAACGCCUACAUGAACUUCAUGUUCGACCUGGAGGACGCCUCGCACGACGGCGGCAUCGAUGUGACCGAGUUCACGCUGGUCUGCUCCAGCUACGGCCUGGAGAAGACCGAGUGCGAGGAGGCCUUCGGCAAGAUGGCCCAGGGCCAGAGCGAGGUGACCCGGGAGCAGUUCGCCGCCUUGUGGAAGGAGUACUUCGCCGCCGAGGACGUGAAUGCGCCGGGAAACUACAUUUUCGGCAAGACCAGCUUCUAAGACCCAGCCAUGAAAAAUAUAGCUCCGAUGGACUGGACUGGAUGAUACUGAACAAAUGCAACACGUGAAAUUAUUAUUAAAAUAAAUAUAAUAUAUAUCUAUAUUAUCGACAGGGGGGGCAGAAGUCAGGCCUCCCGAUUUGAAGCUCCGUCGUUGUUAGUUGAGUGUUGUUUUCUCUCCAAGAAUCUCAAGUUUUGCCCAAUUCAAUGUUCUAAUUUAGUAGCGUAAUCUGUCUGUAACCUAUUUAUAUUUUAUAUACCAAAGCUUCGAGUAAUGAGCAAGCUGGAGUAUCUCUACGCAGAAGUGUACCUUUACGAACUACGACUAUGUCUAGAAAAGAUAUCAAUUACAGAUCCGUAUCAAUGUGGUGCGCAAAUUAAAUCAAUUAAACUGUCAAAUUGUUAUGUGUGUGUAGUCGUCGUUUAUCGUCUCGCAUCUAUGGCGUAUAAAUUUAAAUGUAAAUGUAAAGUGUUCCAAGAAAUUACGAUAAUAAAAUCAAAGUAUCUACACGAAUCUUGUCCCUCA